CUGUCCAGGAAGUAGCUGAUGUCGUCAGAGCAAUGUGGGCACAGUGUCUGCCUAGGUUUUAUCCCGUGUGUGUAACGGGUUACAGAGCGCUAUGCUCGGCCCCGCAGCUAUGCCGAAAUGUGUCUCUGGGCUCCGUGCAGAGCAUAGUGGAGGCAGCCUGUGCACGGGUUACCGGGCAGGCAGCGGUUCGGACGCUCCAUCUGCACCCUGGGUUAAACGGGUUAACGGCGGGGGGCGUUGGAAGGAGCUCGGGGUCUGAAGACACCCAGGACAUAGAUGGGCUUCCUCUGCCACGGAGCCAGGCCGAACCGGAACCGCGACAGGAGAUGAUGGACAACGCUCUUCUCACUUUUAACAUCGAUCUACUGGUCAAGUUGUUGAGACAAGAGAAUGGCAAAGACGUGUGUGUUAUCAAGAUACCUCCUGAAGUGAAAUAUGCAGAGUAUUUUGUAAUUGUCAGUGGAUUUUCUACAAGACAUUUACAGGCGAUGGCACAGUAUACUUUGAAAGUGUUCAAAUCUCUGAAGAGGGUCAGUAAUUCACAAAUCAUCUUAGAGGGAAAGGACACAGAUGACUGGAUGUGCAUAGAUUUUGGUGAUAUUGUUGUCCAUUUUAUGCUGCCAGAGACGAGAGAGCUUUAUGAAUUAGAGAAGCUAUGGACUUUACGAUCAUAUGAUGACCAGUUGUCUCAAAUAGCACAUGAGAUUUUACCUGCAGAUUUUACAUUUGGACUUCAAUCAAAGACUGAAUGAGCAGAAUAUUGCUUCUUUACACUAUAAAGCAAACAGACGUGUGUAGAAACUCAUUUGAAUUUUGUUAUACAAUUAAAACUCCUGGACACAUUGUCACAUAUAAAAGCAGAAUGAAUGAGAAGGGGUGGGGGCUUGUUAGGCGGGUAAGUAUAUUUGUUUUCUCAAAAACACGAUUCAGAAAAAAA